CGCGGACCGGCACAGCACACCGUCCACUACUCGCCGACGACAACGGGCGAACUGCGGUCGGCGUGGGACGGCCAGUGGGCGAAGGCGGUGCGCAGGAGCUACGGCUGGGCGGCCGUGGACGGCCGCGAGUUGGACGACCAGUACGCGGUGGCCUCCGCCAGAUCCGACCGCUUCGGCGUUUCGCGGUUGGCCGACGUGUUCCGCCGCAUCGGUUUUUGGUUCAGCAGUGGAGCGCACCGACUGCUCUACGCCGCGCACCACUACUUCGCACCAGACGGUCACCCGCACCGCGCCGGAAAUGCCGACGGCUCGCCGCCGACUGUCUGUGAAUCCCUGCGUGAACAAUUUUAAAAGAGAGCGCCAGCCACUCAUUCCUAUAGCUCAUCCUAUUGCUCUCUUGCUCGUCCUUACACUGUGUUGUUCAUCCCUACUAUCGGCUCUCAUUCUGCCGUCGCCGCCCCCGAUGUUAUCACAGGUUUUCAUUGUUAUCAAUAAUUUAUUUAUCCGCCGCCCCAACGACACAUGAACCAUGCACACCUGUCUCCCGCUCCAGUACCCCUCCCCAAAAUUCUUCGCUACCCCGCAGACUCUGUCGGUUACACUAAGUAUCCGAGAUAUAUUUUUUCGCGCAUGGGCAUAUGACAACAUAACGAGCUGAUGGGGAAUAUACUGUCAGUGAUAUUAGAUGCACCACCACAAAAGGUUAGAAAACAAAUUUUUUUGGAGGAUGAAUUUACCGCCAUAUCGAACAUAGUGUAUCAAGGGGAAAUAUGCUAGUCAUAGAGUCGAAGAAAAAAGAGGGAUGUCGUGAAUUGUUGGAUAGAAAAAAUUUGUUGAAAUCACAUACUACAAUAUCUAGAGGAGAGUAUUUUUUAAAGCAGUCACACGAAAAACCAAUAUCAUACGACCAGUUGUUUUAUAUCAAUUUGCGAUGAUCGGUAAUUAUAUUGAUCGAGAAUUCAUCAGAGUUGAUUCACCACCAAAAACAAACGAAGAAAUGUUGGUUUUUAUUAAAAACCUCCAGAAUGAUCGAAUCACGACGAAUCCCGAUUUAAAUUUUGUUAAUCAAUUGGAAGUAUUAGCAACAAGACAAUUAUCUGAACAAUGGGCACAGCGAUGGAGCGAAGAACAACAAGAAGAAGAAAACUCAUCAGAGUUCGUACGCACGAGAUUUGGACAAUUGUGCGCAGUAUCCUCCAUGGUUUAUUCUGCCUCAAUAUAUCGAAUCUCCACCAACGAGGCUAGAAGUUGAUGAGUACGACGGAUCAAUUAAUAUGUUAAUCAACGAGAACGAUGGUCCUAUCAAUCCGCCGUCAUCAUCACCAGCUAUCAUAGACGAACAUUCUACUGAACAUGAUUCGGACAACUUUACACAGUAUCCCCUAUAGUAUAAUAACCGUGUAAAAUUUCCAUUAACGAGCCUAGCAGUUGAUGAGAACGAUGGUCCGACGUCUUUCAACUACUCGCCAUCUAUUCUAGACUUUACAGGCG